AUGGCCGUGUCCGCUAACGACACUGUUUUAUCUUUAGCCGUUUGCUGCGACGUCUGCGCUUCAAAAAUGCAAGCUGUGGUCGAUCUACUGCUAUUAACCAGCGACUUGCGGCCGGUGAAUACAGAAAGUUUAUCAGUGUUUGGAGAAUCGUACGCCAAAUGUCGAGAUACGAUCAUUGCUCGAACGAAAGGCUUGUCCGUUCUGACACGAGACAUUCUACAACAGAUGAGCUCCGGAAGAUACAACGAUGUACAACUGAGUCUCCGAGAAAUAUGCGAACUUGUUGUGAGUUUGACGGAAUGUUCGGCUCAUGCGGCCUACCUCGCUGCGACGACAGAAAUGUCAUCCAUCAAGUCUAUUCCCGGAAUAGUAGAUAAAUACAAAGUCUCCCGUGCAAAAUUUGACAUCGAAAACUGUUGUAAUCGUAUCCAGCACACUCCAAUAACUGAAUUGUCACCGCAGCUAAUUGUGGAAAUAUCGGAUGAAAUUAGAAAAAAUCUACAUAUUUUAUCUCAGGCAUGUAUGUUAGCAUCUGACACUAGCGAGGACCCGUUUCACAAAGAGCAGUUCAAACUUUGCGUAAAAAGUAUGACGGCAUGCGCCAUGGCCUUGUUUUCUACUGUUAAACGCUAUAAGAACACUUUGGAUGAAAGAAAUCGAUUACGAUGUGUUGUGUUUUCACGACCCCUUGUCCAAGCCUGCCAAUCGCUUGUGGAUUAUGCGACGGAAUCCGAGCAUCUCGGGUCACCCGCUAAACUUUCAGAGGAAGGGAAAAACGUUCAGACUGCCGUAUUGGGUGGAUGUAUGAGUGUGGUCAGCCCGUGUGUACAGCUCUGUCUGUGUGUGCAGUCAUUAGCCCAGGAUCCUAACAAUACCGACCACCAGCGCAGGAUUAUUUCAUGCAGUUCUGCCAUUGCCGAUGGAUCUACUCUUCUCUCACAAGCACUGAGACUGAAAUCCUCCCCUAGAACAUCAUAUGCUGGCCCGUCAUAGCAUUGGAAUAAGGUCCUAAUCAGGCCGAACCAUUCACGAAAUAGGGGUUUCACUUUUAAUUAAACUGAUUACUUCUUCAUGUUGUUGAAUAAUAACGUUUUACUUUCGAUAGUACCUUAACAAACCCUGUGUACCCCAUUAGACAGUAACGCCAGUCCAUGCCAAAGUCAUGUGACCAUAUUGUUAUGUCGGGUCUUUGCCAAAGUUGUUUGUUUGACCUAUGACCCUGAAUAUUCAGUAUUUUUUACUAGAUCGUUAAGUAUAUUGUGUUUAAUUAUAACAGGUCCGAAUAAUUUUCCUGCUGUGUUGGAAUGUCAAAUUACAAUAAUUAAAAUACAAAUAUAUUAUU